AUGACUCACCACCGCCGCAGAAGUGAUCCCAACAGAAUCCCUAUCAUCAUCGUAAACCCCACCACCGCGCACAUCUAUCCCGGGACGAGCUUCCCCCUUCCUUCCGUCGCCCCCAUACCCACCGAAUGGCCGUCUAUACCCCCAGGACUCGCCUCCGUUUCUCUGGGUCCAGGAGUCCCUCCGAAUGUUGGUGUUACGAGUGUGGACGACGUGUCGACGCCAUCGCCAUCGCCGGCUAACGGCGCAAACCCGACUGCUGACGCGCCGCCGUCCCAAACUGGCUCCUCGGACUCGACAUCCCCGCCCUCCAGGGCAUCGACGUCGACUUUUCCCAGCCCAAACCAGACGCUUAUGCCAUCCCCAGAUCAGACGGCCGAGUCAGGUCUUCAAACCUCGCCCGACUCUCCGUCUUCACCUGCAACACCCACAGACGGCAUCCCACGAACGUCGAAUGCAGCACGUCCGUCAUCUGUCCACACGCGUACGCGACCGCGAGUCAUAGCUGCGCUCCUCCUCCUGUGGAUGUCGGUCGUGCAGCUGGGUCGGCCCGAGGUCCUGGUCUUCGGGUAG